UAAAUCGAGCAACGGAAUGUUAUCAAAAUAUUUUAAGGCACCAAAAGUAAAUGAAGUUAUUCAAGGAAAUGAAUCAAAAUCAAAUGAGGUUGUGCAUUUGGAAAGUGCAUGUUCAAUAAGAGACUUGAUUAAUACUGAGCAAGAUCAUUUACAAGCAAUAAAUCAUCAAAGCGAAACACAGUUGAAAACAAAUGGAAGAAAGCGGACCAGUUUACGAAAAUUUAUUUUGACGGAAGAAACAAACCCGUAUCAAUGUUCCAAAGAUAAUAAUGAAGACAACUUUGAGGUUCCUGUAAAGAAAACUAAGAUACGAACUAAUUUGAAACGUAAAAAUAAUUCCUCCCGUAACAAAAGAUCUUCUAGAGGCCAGCAGAAUAUUAAAACUUUGCUCAUGCGAAAUGAAGUUAUGUUUUCGGAGAUUACGUCUCAACAAUGUAGACUUGAUAAUUUCAGUGCUGAUGAAAUACAUCUCGCACUCGCAUUGUCUAAAUCACAAGUGGAAACCCAUGCUUCGUCAAACUUCGACUUUGCAGAUCAGAAAGUUGAAAAUAACCAAGUAAAUUUGGAAAGCGUUCAAAAUAUAUUAGGUCAAUAUGGUUUUCGUCCAUGUGGUUUAGAAG